UUUCAACCACCACAACUACUCAGGCGGAUCUUUCGAUGCCGAGUCCUACCGGGAUCUAUUCUUCAAAGCCGCUCUGUCUCUCAAAAUAUGAACAUAAGACACGAUUCGUCAUCGACAACGAGACUGCACCGAUAUCUCUUCCUAGUUAUCGAAUUCAAAUCUCUCUCGGAAAAGCUACAGUCCGUACUUCUGAUUUCGAGAGGUACAUUUUUUGGGCUCUUUUCAUUGUUCGUUAAUUUCGUUUUUAGUUCAUUUUGGAUAUGGAGAUCCCUAUUUUGCGCUAUCAAAGCAUAUCUUUGGAUCAGAUUCAAGAUAGGUGUAGGAGCUUGCAUUUCUCCUUCUCUGAUCCUAACUAUUUUAAGUCAAAAAAUUGGCUAUCCAAGUAUUGUUUCUCGUUUUCUAGAAGGAAAAUCAGGAACCCAUUUGAUAAAAUUUGGUGUUCUAUGAUGCCACAAGGGCUAAAACCACGGCCAAAACUACAUGAUUCCAAGGUAAAAUUUGUUGGAAAUGAAGGAGCUGGGUCCGGGGUGAAACGGAUCAAGAAACCCAGUGCAGCCCUUUGUAGUCAAAUAGAGAAAUCUGUUUUCUGUGGUAGGUACAGAGAGGCGUUUGAAUUGUUUGAAAUUUUGGAGAUUGAGGGAGGAUUUGAUGUAGAUAGUAGCACGUAUGAUGCUUUGGUGAGUGCAUGUAUAGGUUUAAGAUCUAUUAGAGGAGUGAAUAGGGUGUUUAAUUACAUGAUCAGUAAUGGAUUUGAACCAGAUCAAUACAUGCGCAACAGGGUGCUUCUUAUGCAUGUUAAAUGUGGAAUGAUAAUCCAAGCGCUACAUUUUUUUGAUGAAAUGCCAGAGAGGAAUUUGGUUACAUGGGACACAAUGAUUUCAGGGCUUGUGAAUUCAGGGUCUUAUGAGGAUGCAUUUCGGUUGUUUCUGAUUAUGUGGGCGGAGCUUUCCGAUGCAGAUACUCGUACUAUUGCCACAAUGAUUCGAGCAUCUGCUGGAUUGGGAUUUAUUUCAGUUGGAAGGCAGUUACAUACAUGUGCUUUGAAGAUGGGUGCAAGGGACGAUAUAUAUGUGUCCUGUGGUUUAAUUGACAUGUAUAGUAAGUGCGGAAUGAUUGAAGAUGCUUAUUGGGUUUUUGAUGAGAUGCCAGAAAAGACUAUUGUGGGUUGGAAUUCAAUCAUUGCAGGGUAUGCACUUAAUGGUUAUAGUGAGGAAGCUUUGAAUGUCUACUAUGACAUGCGUGAUUCUGGUGUUAAACUGGAUCAUUUCACAUUUUCAAUAAUCGUAAGAACAUGUGCAAGGUUGGGUUCAGUAGAACACGCCAAACAAGCUCAUGCAGGUUUAAUUCGUCAUGGUUUUGGGUCAGAUAUAGUGGCAAAUACAACGCUUGUGGAUUUUUAUAGCAAAUGGAACAGAAUAGAAUAUGCCCGUCAUGUUUUUGACAGGAUGCCCUCUAGGAAUGUUUUGUCGUGGAAUGCUUUAAUUUCUGGUUAUGGUAAUCAUGGCCGGGGAUCUGAGGCCGUUGAAAUGUUUGAGCUCAUGCUUCUUGAAGGACUGAAACCCAACCAUGUCACUUUUCUUGCUGUCUUAUCUGCUUGCAGCCAUUCCGGUUUAUCAGAACACGGUUGGGAAAUUUUUCAUUCAAUGAGCUCAGAAUACAAUGUUCAACCCCGUGCAAUGCAUUAUGCAUGUAUGAUUGAAUUAUUAGGCAGAGAAGGGCUCUUAAAUGAAGCCUUUGCAUUGUUAAAAAAUGCUCCAGUGGAGCCGAAGCCAAAUAUGUGGGCCGCCUUGCUAACCGCUUGUCGGGUCCAUGGCAAUUUGGAACUUGGGAAACUUGCAGCUGAGAAACUUUAUGGCAUGGAGCCUGAAAAGCUGAAUAACUAUGUUGUCCUUCUGAAUUUGUACAACGGUUCUGGGAAGUUGAAGGAAGCUGCUGCUGUCCUCCAGACAUUAAAAAGGAAAGGCUUGAGAAUGCUUCCAGCUUGCACUUGGAUUGAUAUUGAUAAUCAGUCGCAUUGCUUCCUUUCUGGAGACAAAAACCAUGUUCAAACGGCAGAGAUUUACCGAAAAGUGGAUGAAUUGAUGCUAGAGAUUUCAAAACAUGGCAAUGUUCCUCUGGAAAGAAAUCUUCUACCCGAUGUAGAUGAGCAAGAAGAGCGGAUAUUAAUGUACCACAGUGAGAAACUAGCAAUAGCAUUUGGGCUCCUCAACACUCCAUAUUGGACUCCAUUGCACAUAGUGCAGGGCCAUCGGAUUUGUGGCGACUGCCAUAAUGCAAUUAGGUUGAUAAGUAAGGUUACUGAACGAGUAAUUGUUGUUAGGGAUGCUAGCCGAUUCCAUCAUUUCAAAAAUGGUGCUUGUUCAUGUGGCGAUUAUUGGUGAUAGUGAUUACUGAAUAACUGAUUAACUUCUAUAGGGCUUAGUGAAGUAAGAAAUCAUGGACUUUGUGAUUUUUCUUUAAAGAAAUGCAAUAAUGUAAGCAUAUAUUUGGUUUGUAUCUUUUCUAAGAACAAUGGAAUGACAUUUUGAUUGUAAGUUAAUAAAUUUUUAGCUAUUCACAGUGUGACCAUGAAAGAUUGCAGGUCAUAAGUCA